CACGCCAAGUCGCUCGCUCAGGCGACCAGGGUUUUCACCAGUCUAGCAUUAUUGCCACUCGCUUCAACUUUGGACCUCCCAGCAGAUCGAGUUCAUCUUUUGGACGGAGAGAAAGAAGGCUACACAAGCUACGAUCAGCUUGUCUCUUCCAUUCACAGGAACGACAUUCCACGGCUGCCAGUCCGCCAUGCUACUAAGGGCACUCCGGCCUACCUGGUCUAUUCCAGUGGGACAAGUGGCCUUCCCAAAGGCAUGUAUUUCUUUUCUGGCAUUCACUUCUGA